AUGAAAGUGACAUUAUCUGUGUUAGCUAUUGCCUCCCAAUUGGUUAGAAUCGUUUGUUCGGAAGGAGAAAAUAUCUGCAUAGGUGACCAGUGCUAUCCGAAGAAUUUUGAACCUGACAAGGAGUGGAAACCUGUUCAGGAAGGCCAGAUUAUCCCUCCAGGAUCACACGUAAGAAUGGACUUUAAUACACACCAGAGAGAGGCAAAACUGGUGGAAGAGAAUGAGGAUAUAGACCCCUCAUCAUUGGGAGUGGCUGUAGUGGAUUCCACCGGUUCGUUUGCUGAUGAUCAAUCUUUGGAAAAGAUUGAGGGACUUUCCAUGGAACAACUAGAUGAGAAGUUAGAAGAACUGAUUGAGCUUUCCCAUGACUACGAGUACGGAUCAGACAUAAUCUUGAGUGAUCAGUAUAUUUUUGGAGUAGCCGGGCUAGUUCCUACUAAGACAAAGUUUACUUCUGAGUUGAAGGAAAAGGCCUUGAGAAUUGUCGGAUCAUGCUUGAGAAACAAUGCCGAUGCGGUAGAGAAACUACUGGGAACUGUUCCAAAUACUAUAACCAUACAAUUCAUGUCAAACCUAGUGGGUAAAGUAAAUUCCACUGGAGAGAAUGUUGACUCUGUUGAACAGAAACGAAUCCUUUCAAUUAUUGGAGCUGUUAUUCCUUUCAAAAUUGGAAAGGUAUUGUUUGAAGCUUGUUCGGGAACGCAGAAGCUAUUACUAUCCUUGGAUAAACUGGAAAGUUCAGUUCAACUGAGAGGAUACCAAAUGUUGGACGACUUCAUUCAUCACCCUGAAGAGGAACUUCUCUCUUCAUUGACAGCAAAGGAACGAUUAGUAAAGCAUAUUGAGUUGAUUCAAUCAUUUUUUGCAUCAGGAAAGCAUUCUCUUGAUAUAGCAAUAAAUCGUGAGUUAUUCACUAGGCUGAUUGCCUUACGAACCAAUUUAGAAUCUGCCAAUCCAAAUCUAUGUAAACCAUCAACUGACUUUUUGAACUGGCUGAUCGACGAAAUUGAAGCUACGAAAGAUACCGAUCCACACUUUUCAAAAGAGCUUAAACAUUUACGUUUUGAACUUUUUGGGAACCCAUUGGCAUCUAGGAAAGGUUUCUCCGAUGAGUUAUAG